AAAAACCUCGCUUCCACCGCUUUCAUCUCGUUUGGUUUAUCGUCCUAUCCAUCGUCCGUGUGUGUUUCCCAUCGGUUGUUGAUAUGAUUAACUUGCUGAGACGAAACAGAAGUAGAAACAAUACAGAUAACGAGCCCAGUGGUGGGAGAAUAGAAGGAGACAGCUCAACAUCAGAGGGUGCCAGCAAUGUCCACGGCGAUGAUACCGGUGUUUCAAGCGAUGCACAUGCUAUACCAAGGACCCAGGCCACUGUGCACCGUGUUGAUAGUGAAGAGACGCUGCUGUCCAUGAGCCUCGGUGUCCGUGGCGUACGUCACGGUGGUGAUAACUAUACGGCUAACCCGAUCUCAUCAACUACUGAUCUGACGAGGACGACUAGCGACUCAUCGCUGAGUACUACAGCUUCUACGGCAGAUACCGUUGUGGAUCUUGUACUGGGACACGCGGUGUCUGAUUUCAACCUGUUGAGGACAUUGCCAGUGGUGUCGUUCAUCUUCAAGAAGGGUCUCUUUGUAUUUCCUUCUGAAGAGUCAUUGGCUCUGUUCAAGACGAAGAACUGCGAUACUGCACGGCUCAAGAAGCUAGGGCUGGCGAUGCCAGUGCUACAGAUGAAUAUCCCCAUGAUGGCUGCCUUCAAGAGAAACUACCCGACCAUUGUGUUCAACAGGAUUCUUCCUUCUACAAACGAAUCUCAAGACGUUCAGAAGGUUCCCUUCUGUCAAGUCUUCACAAAGUUCCUCAGGAGAACGCACACAACCCGGUUCAUCUUGCACAUCACCCCCAAUGGUGUUCAAGAUGACCCGGAGAACUUCAGAGUGGUGAUGUUUACAUCUGCGUAUGGCUCCUUUACUGAUUGCAGGUUCAAGAAGACCAAGAUGAGGUGGGUGGGAACGACGCCUGCAAUUGCAUCGCGUGGCUCCGGGUUCUUCAAACUUGUUGUCCUGAAUGAUAGCGUACCUUCGUUAAUUGAUGGAAUAAGAGACGAUGAUGUGAAUCCUCAACCGUCUAUGGAAUUCUUGAGAUCAACAACAAGAAUAGUGACAUCCUCGGAUAUGCCUCCAGUGACUCGGUUCAGUGAUAAGAGCUCUACAACACUGCCAUGGAAGGGAUUACUCCAACUCGGUGACGUGAAACUGGUUGAGGUCUUCAGCAGGUCUGAUACUAAUAGCUGCCUUGACGUUGCAGAUUCAUCGCUGGUUCUAACAUGUAUGGCAUUGGUCUUAAGGGAUCAAGAAGUAAGAAAGAACAAGGGAAACGGCCGGUACUCGGAUGCUGCCGUCAAUGGUGCUCUUUUUUAUUAG